AUGGCACCUCAUCGUCGAUACGACUUCCGCUCUCGCGCAGGACGGGCGGGGAACAUGGUACCCGACGGUCCGGGAUUUAUCUCGGACCUCACGAGCAUUCGCUCGGCCCCCGGAUCUCUGCAGUACGCUUCGUUCGAACGUACAGCACCUCCGAGUAUCCCCGGAUCUCUGCCGCGUGGGUCUUCGGACCGCGCCGCAUCUCCGCGUAAUCCCUCCCGCAGCCAAGCAGCUCAGGAGGAGGUCUUGUCGCCACGUGCGCUAGAUAUCGAACCGGAGAGGACGCCGAGCAUAGCUCGCGCUUCUCUGGUUCUGAACUCUCCCUCUCCCAUCAAACAAGAACCAGGCUCGGGAGGAGUCUGGUACCCCGUUGGACGCAACGGAAAACACUCGCACGGCGCAUCGCGCGCGAGCCCGAACCCGAUCCCCCGCAGGAGAAUUCGCGGGGCGAGCGUAUCGGAAGAAGUUCUGGCCUCUGUCUACAUGGCAGAGCAGAACAUGACGCCUAAAGAGCGCGCUGAAUACCACGAGCGUAUGCGCAGGGAGUACGAGCGCCAGGAGUUGGCUCGGCUACAGCACCUUCGUCAAGUCGAAGAGGACGCGUGGGUCGCCGAGCAGCUGGCACGCACCCCCGAUGCUAGCCAGUUCACGGCGUCCGGAACCGCAGAGGGCACCGAGACUACGGAAGGUCAGACACCCUCCGAGUCGGAGGACUCUGGUUAUUACCCCACCGCGGAACUCCGGCGGACGGGGAAGGUCUACGAAGGACUCAACAACGGUAAACGUUGGGAUUACCGUAACCUCGAAGAGAAAGCCGCCCGAGCCGGAGAGGCUCCGGCACCUCGGGAGCAGGUGCGUUAUGGCUCAGACGAGCGUGACGAGCGCAUGGCGGCUCUAGAGCGCCAUCUAGACCAAAUGGGUAAGGCGAUGGAACGCUUCGCAGCGUCCCAGGUCGCUAGGGUAUCCCAAGUAGAACAGGCCCUCAAUGACAAUUUACUGAAGCCUAGUGCUACUGAGACAGAACACGCGAAAGACAGCGUGAGUGCGAGUGCGGCUAAGCCUCGUAAGAAGAGGAAGAAGACUAAGACUAAGGAAAAGCGAGGGUCUAUGUACCCUGCUGACCAGUUAGAGCCCAGUAGUUAUCUGGGGCAGGUACUGAAUCAGCAUGUGCCAGGAGGAGGACCUCCCGAUGACAGCAGCUCGUCGAGCUCCUCGUCAGAACCCGAUUCCUCGGGAGCAUCAGGAAAAGGGCGAUUUUACUAACGGGUUCUGACGGUCGCUGAUGC